CCAAGCUUUCUUCGCCGACCUGCUCUUUCACCAUUCUACUUAAUUAAUUGUGUUAAUAGAAGUUUGGAGUUGUGAACUUGUAAUGAUUAUUGCUGCCAAGACCUACACAUACUUCCUAACCAAUUGAAACAUUUAAUGGUAUUACUGUCGGGAAUAAAUACAGCUCUCCAAUGUGAAGAUGUUCAGCACAGUCUGACCAAAUGUUUCUUAACGUGUGGAAGCAAAACGCGGAGGGCAAAAAGCUCAGGCAGCGUGGCAAAUUGCAUCACCCGCAGCGUUUUCACUCCAAAGUGUUGAAUCCCGGUUAUCGCAGGGAUGUGGCACAAAGAUUGCGCCUUGCCAUUGUGGACACCUUUUGGGAGUACACACAGACAACUAAAGUAAGUGGCAUAUGGCUACUACGGCGGAACAGAACCCAUGGCGUUUCCAGGUGGAUUUGGUCGAGUGUGCUCAUCAAUCUGUUCCUGCUCGGAGUUUAUUUGUCUCUACAAUUGUGGCUGAAAUUCUAUUCGUACCCCAUCUUGAACACUAUAUCCAGUGACCUGGCCAUAACCGACGUCGCAUUUCCGGGCAUUACCAUUUGCAGUCCCAAGGUGGUAAACCGCGAGCGUGUACAGCGUUAUAUAAAGACAUUAAAAAUUCCUGCUGGUAUCGACCCACAAGAUGUUGCCAUUGGUUUGGAGUAUAUAAACGCCUUCACCGAUCAGAAUUGGAAAUCACCACCGCAAGAUAGCUUCAAAACUGCUGAUGAAGUGCUGCGACUAAACAACUUGACAAUUUACGACGUUGCCAAAGCAGUUAGCGGUAGUUGUAACGAUUUUGUUCAACGUUGCUACUGGGGCAUUGAAGAGUUCCCUUGCCGUCAGAAACACGAGUAUCUGUCAUUCAUAUCUACCACGUCAUUUUUAGGUCCUUGUUGCUCAUUUAAUUAUAAUCCAAAGAAUCUCUCCUAUGUCCCUUUUUCGGCUAAUAUUUUCGGCAUAGAUGGGGGCUUAACUAUUGUCGGCGUUGAGGGCUCCGAACGGAAUCUUUCAACCGGCCUAAUUGUGCUGGCACAUCACCCUAUGGACUACGUAACUGAAGCGACAUCUUCAGUAACAAUUACUUCGAACUCAGAGAGUUUUGUUGAAAUCUCACCGACUGUACAAAGCUCCUCAACCGAAGUACUGGAAUUAUCACAAGGCAAGCGUGAUUGUCUAAUUUCAGAUGACCUCGAAUUGCAUAGUUAUCGGCAAGCAGCUUGUUCACUCGCUUGCCGCACAGAAGCUAUAAUGAAGACGUGUCAGUGCGUACCGUAUCACAUUCCGAAUGCGAAGGCCGAUUAUCGAGAGUGCAAAUUAAAUGACAGUGUAUGCUAUUCCAAAAAUUUUGAUGCUUUUAAAAGCGUGAAGUGCGAAAUUUGUCUACCAAACUGCUAUGACGUCACAUAUUCAACUUUAGCCUACAAAACCGAUCUGAAACUACAUAAUUGCUCCGUCAGCACACAUUAUACGACUACCUUUGAUACACAGGAUAUAUUUAUCGUUCGUGCUUAUUUGACAAAGCAAACAGUACCAGCUAUACGCAAGGUGGUGGUCAUGUCAUGGAUCGGUUUGUUAUCGGAUUUGGGAGGAGUGUUUAAUUUGUGUCUAGGAAUCAGCAUGGUAUCCCUAAUAGAAUUCGGGUAUUAUUGCACACACCGUUUAUACACCAAUUAUAAAGCACGUUGCGUUGUACUUCAGCCGCUCAAUCGUGGAAAUGUUGAAAAAUAAUUGAUUUCAAGUACGAUUCAAUAAAAACAUUUUAAAAUAUCUUUAAUAAGAUAACAAA